AAUUCGGAUUGGAAAAGAGCGGAGGUGUCGAGAUUUUGCGUCGGUUAAAGAAUUCGCCUCUGAUUUUCAUUGCACUGCAAACCGGAACUCGGGCAAACUGAACAAGUCCUGCUGCGUUGCCGUUUGUGCAAUGCAAAUGGGAUAAAGCGCCGAUCGCUGUGCGUGAGACAAGCAGCAGCAGCAAAGCAAUUCUCCAGAUCCAGAAGACAACACAACACACGAAAUAGCAAAUCAAAAUGGCGCACCAGCAGCAACAACAACUGGCUCCAUCGGUCAACUGUUCACUGGACGAUAUCGAUCUGACGGCCCUCAAGGAUCCAGCUGGCAUCUUUGAACUCAUCGAAGUUGUGGGCAAUGGCACCUACGGCCAGGUCUACAAGGGUCGUCACACGAAGACUGGUCAAUUGGCUGCCAUAAAGGUGAUGGAUGUCACCGAGGAUGAGGAGGAGGAAAUCAAGCUCGAGAUCAAUGUGCUAAAGAAAUACUCGAAUCAUCGCAACAUUGCCACCUAUUAUGGAGCCUUUAUCAAAAAGUCGCCGCCGGGUAAAGAUGAUCAGCUUUGGCUGGUGAUGGAAUACUGCGGUGCUGGUUCAGUCACAGACCUGGUCAAGUCCACCAAGGGUCAGAGUUUAAAAGAGGAAUGGAUUGCCUACAUUUGCCGCGAAAUCCUGCGUGGCCUGAGUUACCUGCACUCGAACAAGGUCAUUCAUCGCGAUAUCAAGGGUCAAAACGUGCUACUCACGGACAAUGCGGAGGUCAAGCUGGUGGAUUUCGGUGUCUCGGCUCAGCUGGAUCGAACGAUAGGCCGGCGCAACACAUUCAUCGGUACUCCCUACUGGAUGGCCCCCGAGGUCAUUGCCUGCGACGAGAAUCCCGAUGCCACAUACGACAACCGAUCCGAUCUGUGGUCGCUGGGCAUCACCGCCCUGGAGAUGGCUGAGUCACAGCCUCCGCUUUGCGAUCUGCAUCCGAUGCGAGCCCUCUUCCUGAUUCCGCGCAAUUCACCGCCGCGACUUAAAUCGAAGAAGUGGACCAAGAAGUUCCAAAGCUUCAUUGACACGGUGCUAGUAAAGGACUAUCACCAGCGGCCUUACACCGAGAACCUGCUGAAGCAUGCCUUCAUCAAGGACCAGCCCACAGAUCGCCAGGUGCGCAUCCAGCUGAAGGAUCACAUCGAUCGCUGCAAGAAACGCAAGCAGGAGAAGGAACGCGAGGACUAUCGCUACUCGGGCUCCGACAACGACGACGACGAACCGCAGCUGGCCGGUGAGCACAGCUCCAUUGUCCAGGCACCGGGCGGUGAUACGUUGCGUCGCAACUUCCAGCAGAUCCAGGAGGGUCGCAUAGCCGCCGAGCAGCAGCAGCAACAUCACCUGAUGGCCCAGGCUCAGGCACAGGCAGCAGCGGCACAUGCCGCCGCCCAGGCCCAGGCCCAGUUGCAACAGCAGCAGCAACAACAGGCCGCAGCAGCAGCGGCGGCGGCAGCCCAUGCAGCGCAACAGGCACAGGCCGCCCAGCAGCAGCAGCAGCAGCAGCAGGCGCAGGCCCAGCAGCCACAGGCCAAUCGCCAGCAGAAACCGCCAUCGCGCCAGCCGAUCGAGGAACUGGGUCCGCCGGCACGCCCGCCACAGCGCCUGAUCGUGGUGCCGGAUCCGCCGCAUGCCAAUCGGCCAUUGCCACCGACCCCCAAAUGCGGGGAGCCGGCGGGACAGACGCCGCAGCAGCUGCAGCGUAACUCGCAGAAUAACUUCAAGCCAUCGUUACCACCAAGGAGACCUGAGCCGCAGCCCCAGACAGCCGGGAUCCAGGGAUCCCAGCAGCAGGCGCAACCGGAGGCGCCGCCACGUAAUAAUCGCCAAUCGAGCGGCCUGUCUUCCAGUGGUUCCGCAUCCGGCGGCGGUUCAUCAUCAAAGCCAGCCGCAGCACUGCCACAGCAGGGUAACAAUCAUCUUGGUCAGCCAGUGAAUCCAUUGGAUCCCCUGGAUAGCAGCGAUUCGGACAGUGAGCCGGAUGAGCCCAAUGAUCGGGCCAGGAAUGAUGGCACACUCUUGGCCAGCGAUCCACCCAAGCCGCUGCCUGGCUUGGGACCAGUUUCGGAGGACGCCAAUACGACGCCGUUGAGCCACGGCAGCGGAGGACCGCCUAAUCGUCCACUGCCCCCCACGCCGGAUGAUGACGAUCAGGCCGGAGAUCGCACAUUGAUCAUGAAGCGCAAACUAGAGCAGAACAACAUUAAUCGCCUGCAAAAGUCCGCCUCGACUUCACAUGCCAAUGUAACACCGCCCUCAUCGCGUGUCCGCGGUGACCAGGACUCCCGUCUGCUGAGGGAUUGGGACUUUGAUCGCUUCUUCCCCAAGAAUGCCAAUGGACCGAGAGGUAAUAGCAAUCGUGGAAGCGAGAACAGUAGCCCCACGACCACGGCCAGCCUGAGCAGGAGCUCGCAGCUGAGCACACUCAAAGUGGACACAAAGCUGCAGCGGGCCAGUGUGGCGGAGGCCAUAACGAGACCAGUGCCACGUGGCUAUCAGCCGUUGAAGGGCGCCGAGACGAGUGCCAGCCAAAGUAUUGCCAAAGAUCAGGGACCAAGUUCCAGUUCCAGUUCCAUACAAGCGCACAAGCGUCAGGAUUCCGACUCCAAGCUACCGAUGAACUUUGUCCGAGGUUUUCGGCGCGAGAAUUCGGACUUCUUUCCGCUGACCAAGCGCCAUUCGGCAGUGCUGAGUGGAGGCACCACUUCGGGCUCUGGAUCGGGAACGGGAACGGUAACAGGAUCCAAUCAGCAGCAGCAACAACCAGCUAGAGCCAGUGCCAUGUACCAAAGGAACAGCAUUUACAACAGCAGCCUCACAAGCAGCAGCAUCAGCAGCAGCAACAGCAGCAGCAACAAGAACCAAAAGGAGAAUGCUGCAGCCACGCCAGCAGCUCCAACAGCCAAGGGAGCUGCACCCAAGGCUUCCAAAUCCUUGGCCAGCUUCAACUUCCUGCGACCGCGUCGCGAAAAGACUGAAUCCGUGAUUGUGCUGCAGAAUGCUGCAGUUCGUGCCCAGCGGCAGCAGCAGCAGCAGCAACUGCAGCAGCAGCAGCAACAGCAGCAACUGCAGCAGCAGCAGCAACAACAGAAUCGAGGAGGAGGCGGCGGCGGUGGAAGCGGCGUUGGAGGCGGAGGCGUCAGCGGCAGCAGCGGCGGUGUGGGAGCCGAUGGUUUAGGGACUCCUGGAACCAGGACCAGCAGCGUCCUGCCCGAUCUGCUCAGCCAGGCAUCGCCGGCAACGCCACCGCGUCACGAUAAAUCAUCCAGUGAGGAGUAUCAGGCGGCCAUUAGCUCAUCCGUGCAUUCCACGCCAUCGAAAUCCUUUAUCGCUAGCAGCGGAAGCGGCAGCGGCAGUGUCGGCGCUCUAGGCGGUCUCGGCUUGGGGGGCGGUACCGUUCUUGGGGGCGUGAUUAUUAGCAGUAAUAAUCACUCGCCACAAUCGACGAUAUCGCUCGCCUCGUCCUCAUCGAAUUCACGCCAGAAUUCGCCAAAGAAUUCAAUCAGCAAGACGCGCUCCUCCAGCAGUAUUACUAAUCUCUUGCACAAAUCUGCUUCUUCCUCCUCCGCGAACCUACACCACUUGACGCCCUGCUCCUCAACGUCCUCGGCCUCGCUCUCGAUCUCCAAUUCUAAUGCCAAUGCCAACAAUACACCGCUACCGCCGCACGCGUAUGCCCUGCAACAGAAGCAACGCAGCUUCCUGACCUUCGGCUUCGGUGCCGGCGGCUCCGGUCCAUCGCGUCGCGAGUCCCAUGUCAAUGUCAAUGUGACGCCCACCUCGCAUGAGGCAGCCAAUGAUACGCCCGAGAUCCGUAAGUAUAAGAAGCGUUUCAACUCGGAGAUUCUGUGUGCGGCGCUUUGGGGAGUUAAUCUGCUGAUCGGAACGGAGAAUGGUUUAAUGUUGCUGGAUCGAUCUGGACAGGGGAAGGUCUACCAGCUCAUUUCGCGACGUCGUUUCCAGCAAAUGGAGGUGCUAGAGGGCCAGAAUAUAUUGGUCACCAUAUCCGGAAAGAAAAAUCGCGUGCGCGUCUACUACUUGUCCUGGCUCAAGUCGAAGAUCUUAAGAACCGAUGGCCUGUCCGACCAAGUGGAACGACGCAAUGGUUGGAUUAACGUUGGUGAUCUCCAAGGUGCUGUACAUUUUAAGAUUGUCAAAUACGAGAGGAUUAAGUUCCUAGUGAUUGCAUUAAAAGACUCGAUUGAAAUUUAUGCAUGGGCACCCAAACCAUAUCACAAAUUUAUGGCAUUUAAGAAUUUUGGUGAAUUGGAACAUCGCCCCCUUUUGGUCGAUCUAACAAUUGAGGAUCAAUCGAGACUGAAAGUGAUCUAUGGCUCCGCCGAGGGUUUCCAUGCGGUUGAUUUAGAUUCAGCUGAAGUAUACGAUAUCUAUCUUCCCAAGCAUACUCAGGGUGCAAUCAUUCCGCACUGUAUUGUGGCGCUUCCAAACUCAAAUGGCAUGCAACUGCUGCUCUGCUACGACAAUGAAGGCGUCUAUGUCAACACUGUGGGUCGUGUGUCCAAGAAUAUUGUGCUGCAGUGGGGCGAAAUGCCCACCUCAGUGGCAUAUAUUGGCACGGGACAAAUUAUGGGUUGGGGCAAUAAAGCAAUAGAGAUACGUUCCGUUGAAAGCGGCCAUUUGGAUGGUGUGUUCAUGCACAAGAAGGCGCAGCGCUUGAAAUUCCUUUGCGAGCGCAACGACAAAGUAUUCUUCAGCAGUGCCAAAGGUGCUUCAUCGUGUCAAAUCUACUUUAUGACGCUCAACAAGCCGGGCAUGGCCAACUGGUAAUCGAUGAUCUUGGCAGCCUUUUGCUCAACCCAGCAGUGAGGCAAAUCCAUAAACAUUUUCUUCUUAUUUUACAAAAAAAAAAAACACAAGCAAAACAAAAAAAGAAAAGUAUCUAAAAAGCGAACACACAACACACUCACACAACAUAACGAAGAGAUAAUUAGCUGAUUUAAGUGAAGAAGAGUGCUUAUGAAAUUCACCACGACAAACAACAACGUUUCAAUUAGUAAAUGUGCUAAGAGAGCUCAGAAGGGAAUCGACGAGCCUAUAUAUAUAUAUAUAUAUAUAUAUAUAUAUAUAUAUAAAAUAAUCUACUUAAUAUUUAGAGAGACAAAACGAACACACAUUGCAAGCUCACUCGCCGAGGUUUUUCGUAAGAUCUGAAGAGAACAGAGAACAGAAACCGCAGAAAAGCAAUUUAUCCCCUAUUCCUUUCGGUGUAUGUAUAUUGACGUUACAUAAAAAUGAUCCCAGAUUCAUUUCGAAUGUCGUCUCAAGUAUGUUGAUUUUCCGAUAAUUAUGAUUUCGCUUACAAGUUAAACUUAAGUUGAAAACAAAGCAAGAACAUACGAGUAUAUGUAUCGAAGAGAACGUCGCAUAUACAUAUAUAUAUAUAAAGUAUAUAAAUAUAGGAAUAAUAACAAUAUGCAGUUAGUUUUUGUUCUUGAUAUUAUCAAACAUAGAAUUUAUUUGUGCGUUUUUCUGAUAAUGAUCACACAUGUGUUAGUGCAGAGCAGAGGAAAUAGCACUCAUUUUAUGGAGAAGAAAGAGAAAGGAGAAGGAGAAGGAUAAGCGAAGCAAACAAAACCCACAUAAACAAAA